CUGCUGUACAUAAAGCUGUUUCUCAAUCUCCACCAUCUCAAACAAAUGAACGAAAAGCAACAACCCCAAAAAAAGCCAACAUUUUUAAAGUCACUGAAAUAGCGAAAGCUCUACUUGUGAAAAAAGUAGAAGACACACCAUGUGAAGAUUAUGAACAACCAUCAAAUUUAAAUGAAGUUGAUGAUUACCAACAGAAGUGUAUCCAUGACCCACCUGAACCUCCUGCUAGGCAGACUCAAAGGAAAACAAUUAUAAUAAAUGCAACUGAA